AUGCCGAUCCUCAAGCAACUGGUGUCGGGCUCGUCACAGAAGACGCGGCGUUCCCGCAGCGACCUGACUCGCGAGAUGAUCAGCGCACCACUGGGCGACUUCCGCCACACAAUGCACGUGGGCCGCAGCGGCGACGCUUUCGGUGACACCUCCUUCCUGAGCACGCGCUCAGGCGAGCCCCCUGCCCAGACCGCCUCCUUCCCUGGCUCCCCUAGGCCGGGUUUGCUUUCGCGCACCUUCCGGAGCAGCAAGCGCUCCCAGUCCACGACCCGCGUAGACCACCCUCCUGCAGUCUCCGAAGGCUCGCCGACUUAUGUGAAGAACGCCAUGUCGUUGCCGUUCCUCAACGACGACGUCGGGAGCCCGUCGCAGAGUCCGCUAAAGCAAUCCGGGGACAGCGUCGCCGCCACAGCUAACGCCGUGCACUUCCUAGAGCUGGAGGAGCGCCGUUUCGGGGAACCCGGCGAGCUCCCCGAAAGAUGGAGCCCCCCAGACGGCGGGAUGAAGCACGCCGAGUCAGUCAUGUCCUUCCACGUGGACCUCGGGCCGUCCAUGCUGGGCGACAUCCUCGGCGUUAUGGAGAAGGAGGAUGACGAUCUCGGCUACGAGGAAGGAAAAAGCAGCGAAGGCCGCGCCUCCCCACCUCUUAGCGCCCACGAAGACGACGACCGCGCCGAAAAAAUGGCAACCUCGACAGUAGAGUACACGGAAGCGCCUCCAAGACCCGAGCCGGAGGGUCCGUACACCCCCCGGUACACUCCGGAGGUCCUCCCCAAACACUUGAGGCAAGCGGACAGCUGCUCUGUAUCCAGCUCUGGCUCGGCCGCCCUGGACGAGAAGGCCCACGUGUAUGCAGGAGACACGGACAGCGCCACCUUCAGUGCCCCUCCAGAAGAGGAGAGCAACUUCUCGUCUUUCCUAGACGACGAUGACGACGAUGAGAUUCGCGUAUGA